AUGACUUUCAACACUUCAUCCACAGCUCACGCUGGGGAGCCCAUUGCCAUCAUUGGCAGUGGAUGUCGGUUCCCUGGCGGUGCUGAUUCCCCCUCAAAACUAUGGAAAUUGCUCAGCUCGCCGCGGGAUAUUUUGAAGAAAAUACCAGAAGAUAGAUUCAACCCGGACGGAUACUACCAUCCCCACGGAGAGUACCAUGGGCAUACCAAUGUGCGAAAUUCGCACAUGCUAGAUGAAGAUUACCGCCAAUUCGAUGCCGAUUUCUUCAAUAUUAGUUUUAACGAAGCUAGCUCCAUUGAUCCUCAACAGCGGCUGCUUCUCGAGACAGUGUAUGAAUCCCUCGAAGCAGCCGGAUUGACUAUCCAGGGAUUGAAGGGCUCUGACACCGCUGUUUACGUCGGUGCAAUGUGCGACGAAUAUAGCGAUAUGCUAAUUCGGGAUUUCAAUUCCAUACCCGUUUAUUUCCCAACGGGAACAGCGAGAUCGAUCUUGGCCAAUCGGAUUUCGUAUUUCUUUGACUGGCAUGGCCCAUCCAUGGCUAUAGAUACUGCCUGCUCUUCGAGCCUUGUUGCACUUCAUCAGUCAGUCCAAGCACUGAGGACGGGGAUCUCCCGCGUUGCUGUUACAGCCAGUGCAAAUUUGUUGUUAGGACCUGAGCCAUAUAUCGCUCAAAGCAAGUUUCACAUGUUAUCACCGACAGGCCGAUGCUACAUGUGGGAUUCCCGAGCUGAUGGUUAUGGGAGGGGUGAUGGAUUUGCCUCAGUUGUUCUAAAGACCUUAAGUGCAGCCAUCGAGGACGGUGACCACAUUGAAUGCAUCAUUCGUGAAACAGGCUUGAACCAGGAUGGGAGAACUAAAGGUAUAACGAUGCCCAGCGCGGAAGCUCAAGUUUCUCUCAUCCAAGAGACGUAUAGUCGUGCUGGUCUCGACUUGAACAAUCCCAUGGAGCGUUGUCAAUUUUUUGAAGCACACGGCACGGGAACCCCUGCAGGUGACCCGAUAGAAGCGGAGGCCGUGCACCGUGCUCUUGGAAGUCGGCUGAGCGGAGAUGAAAAGUUGUUCGUUGGUUCCGUCAAAACGCUCCUCGGCCACACAGAGGGAACGGCCGGUUUGGCUGGGAUAAUGAAGGUCUCGUUGGCAUUGCAAAACUCUUCAAUUUUGCCAAACAGGCUUUUUGACCAACUCAGUCCUGCUGUUCAGCCGUUUUACGGACAUCUUGAAAUUCCCACUAGCGUGAUGUCCUGGCCGGAAUUGCCCUCAGGCGUCCCACGACGGGCAAGUGUGAAUAGCUUUGGGUUCGGAGGGACAAACGUUCAUGCAAUUAUGGAGAGUUACGAACCAGGAACAAAUCAGGAACUUCAAACCGAAAACAGAACAGUGCCUCCCGUAUUUUCACCAUUUGUUUUCUCUGCGAAUAGCCAAUCGUCAUUGAAACGCUAUUUGUCCGAUUUCACAAACCAUCUCAAGAAGAAUCCAACCAUUGACCUCAAUGACCUCGCAUGGACUCUUCAUUCUCGACGCUCAAUGCUCCCAGUUCGCGCUUCCUUCCCGGGACUGACGGUUGAUGGGCUGCAACAUGCGAUUAAAAACAGCCUCGAUGCAUCAAGUACGACAGAAGAUGAAGAUAUAGGAUCACGUGCUUCGAGCCCCAACUCACAAAUACUUGGCAUUUUCACCGGCCAGGGAGCCCAAUGGGCGGGCAUGGCGAAAGAGCUCAUCCUGAAUUCCGAGUAUGUGAGGGCAAGGAUAGGUUACCUUGAGUCCGUUUUAGAAACUCUUCCGGAAGCGGAUCGACCUCCCUGGUCCAUGAGGGAUGAACUUCUCGCUGAUGGAUCUGUGUCACGUCUGAGCGAAGCAACUUUGUCCCAGCCAUUAUGCACUGCCGUCCAAAUUGUCCUUGUAGACAUGCUACAGGAAGCAAACGUUGAUUUCUCCGCGGUAGCCGGGCAUUCAUCCGGGGAGAUUGGUGCUGCCUAUGCUGCGGGUUACAUUACAGCAAGAGACGCCAUGAUCAUCGCUUAUUACCGAGGACUCCAUUCCAAACUCGCGCAAGGAAACAAUGGAGAAAAGGGAGCCAUGAUGGCUGUUGGUGUUCCCUUUGAAGACGGUCAAGGGUUUUGCCAGGAUGCAGGUUUCGAAGGUCGAAUAUCAGUUGCAGCUUGUAACUCACCUUCGAGCAUUACCAUCUCGGGGAACGCUGAUGCGGUCGAGAAAGCCAGAGUCAUAUUUGAAAAUGACGGCAAAUUUGCAAGAUUGUUGCGAGUAGACAAAGCUUAUCAUUCACAUCACAUGAUCCCUUGCUAUCGACGAUAUGUCGAUUCCCUCAAGGCUGCCAACAUUGGGACAGACAAACUAAUCCAUAAAUGCGUCUGGUACUCGUCUGUCUAUGGCAGGCUACUUACAGCUGGCGAUGAAAUCGGCGCAACAUAUUGGGCAAAAAAUAUGACGCAGAGUGUCCUUUUCUCUCAGGCUGUUGAGGCAGCUGUUUCGGAUCCACGCAGUCAGUUCUUCAGCGCCUUGGAAGUCGGCCCACAUGGAGUCCUUCGACAACCUGUGGAAGAAACAUUAAAAGCAAUCUCAAUGAGUGCUCUUCCUUAUGCAUCCUGCCUUGUCCGAAACAAAAACGACAUCGAAACCUUUUCAAACGCUUUGGGUCACUUGUGGAAGCAUUCUUUAUCCGCUGUAGUUGACUUCGAGAAAUUUGAAACUACCAUGUCAGGCGGCACAGCCAAGAAACCAAUUGUCCUGAAAAGCUUACCGAAGUACUCCUGGACUCAUGACACCCCGCUGUGGUACGAAUCUCGUCGAUCGAAAGCCCUGCGAAAAAGAAGUGUUGCUGGUCACCCACUUCUUGGAACUCGGAGCUUGGAUGGCACAGAACAUGAUAUUGUAUGGCUCAACAAUCUGCGACUGUCGGAGCUUCCAUGGCUUCGUGGUCACCAACUCCAAGGCCAGACUGUAUUUCCUGCAGCUGGCUAUAUUGCACUUGCAAUUGAGGCUGCGGUCCAGAUAAGCGGAACACAACCAAUUCGGAUGAUUGAAGUCAAAGACCUCGUCAUCGCUCGCCCUAUCACUUUCGAGGAUGAACACCAUGGUGUAGAUACCAUGUUCUGUCUUCAUAUCGAUCAUGGGCUUGGACAACCUGGGGAGAGAAUUUUUGCCAACUUCCGAGUGAACUGUGCACCAACAAGGGAUGCUGAUACGGUCGUCUUGACGGGAAGCGGUCAGAUAGAGAUAUUACUUGGAGAAGCAACCAAUGUAGAGUCGUUUUUUCCUUCAAGACAGGAACCUCCACCCUUAAUGGCAGAGGUAGAGAACGAUAAAUUCUACACAGGACUCGAAGAGCUGGGGUAUGACUAUUCAGGCUCCUUCCGUGGCCUGUCAUCAAUGAAGAGAAAAUUUGGGCGCGGAGUAGGGAUAGUAUCUCGGCCCAUUGAAAACAUCCAUCUCUCCGAAGAGAAUUUGCUUGUCCACCCUGCCAUGCUUGACACGACAUUCCAAGGCAUCCUCCUAGCUCAUUCGUGGCCAGGCGAUGGCAGAUUGUGGUCUCUCCACGUGCCUGUGUCAAUAAGCCGCGUGCGAGUUAACGCAUCCAUUCUCUCUUCCAACAAAGACGCGCAGUUCUCCUUCGAUUCCAUGCUCGCAGCAGAGGACAGAGGCGAAGGUGUCCCAUCCCACAUUGGCGUUCAAGGUGACGUUGAUCUCUUCACGGUCGAUGGAAGUCACGGGGUUAUCCAGGUGGAGGGGAUUAAACUUGUUCCGUUUGCGCCGGCCUUGGCAUCGCAGGACCGUCAAAUGUUCUUCGCCAACGUCUGGAAAGUUGCCGCACCAGACGGCGAUGUUGCGGUGGGCCAGAACUGGGCACCGCAGAGCGAGAUUGACUUUGGCUGGGUGCUGGAACGCAUCUCUUAUUUCUAUCUGCGCAAGCUUGUCGCAGAGGUCACCAAGGAGGAUCUCGAGAAGGCAGAAUGGUACCACCACAAGCUGCUCAACUAUGCCAACCAUAUUGUCAGCUGCGUGGACCUGGGGACGCAACCAUAUGGGAAAAGGGAGUGGAAUAACGACACUGCCGAUGACCUCUAUGCACUGAUGGAUUCUUAUCCUGACAGCAUUGAAGUCAAGUUAAUGCGCAGCGUCGGAGAAAACCUUGUAGCGGCAGUUCGGGGAGAGACUGUAAUUCUCCAGCACAUGUUAAAGGACGGAAUGCUGUAUCAGUACUAUGUGGAGUCCCUUGGUGUUCAACCCUUUUCCAACUUCAUUGCCGAAGUCGUUGCUCAGGCCGCCCAUCGGUACCCCCGUAUGAACAUCUUGGAAAUCGGUGCAGGCACUGGAGGCGCAACCAAACGCGUUAUCAACAAACUAGGGGACGCCUUCACCUCCUACACCUUCACUGAUAUAUCGACUGGUUUCUUUGAAACAGCCAGAGAUGUCUUUUCUGACUACUCCGAUAGGAUGAUUUUCAAAGCAUUGGAUGCGGAAAAAGAUAUCGUGUCCCAGGGAUACGAAGAACACUCCUAUGAUCUCAUUGUUGCAUCUCUCGUUCUACAUGCUACGAAGGAUCUCGUGUAUACGAUGUCCAAUGUCCAAAGAUUGCUGAAACCUGGUGGUAUUCUCGUCAUGCUUGAAGUGACUGCAAAUGACACCCUGAGGAUGUCAUUUACCAUGGGUGGGCUCUCUGGUUGGUGGCUUGGUGCUGACUCUGGGCGGCCGUGGUCUCCCUGUGUCACAACGGCUGAGUGGAAUGAUAUAUUACUUCAGUCUGGUUUCUCAGGAGUUGAUUCUGUCACUCCUACCAUGAUGACUUUGCCACGACCCUUUUCCGUGAUAGUGUCUCGGGCAGUCGAUGCCCGCAUCAAGCUUCUUGAGGAGCCACUACUGCCAGCCCCUGAGUCGAGAAUCCAAGAUCUCCUAAUCAUUGGUGGAGCUUCUCCAGAAGUUAGCAUACUUUCCAAGGACGUGAAAACCCUCCUGGAGUCUCAUGCUAGUUCAGUUAAAGUAGUCGAAUCAGUUGACAUGCUCCAAAAUGCAGAGGAUGUCCCCGCCAUGGGUGCCGUUAUUUGCCUUUCCGACUUGGAAAAACCCAUUUUCAAGGAUCUUACAGCUAGUUCUUUCCAAGGACUCAAGUCAAUUUUUGCUAGAUCUCGGAAUAUUCUUUGGCUUACUCGUGGUUGCCGAGGCGAAGACCCAUACGCCAACAUGGCUGUGGGUUUUGGUCGCGUCGUAGCCGGCGAGAUGUCGAAUGUCCGUUUGCAAUUUGUGGACUUCGACAACAACACUCAGCCUGACCCUUGCAUGCUCGUUGAAUACAUCCUUCGACUUCAAAUUACUGACACUUUUGCCAAGGAAGGACGCAUGGAUGAUAUCCUGUGGACGACUGAACCUGAGAUGUCGUUUGAUAACGACAAGCUUUUGAUCCCUAGAGUUAUUGCAGAGAAGGAGUUGAAUAACAGAUACAACUCUGAGCGACGUGUCAUUACUAAAUCUGUCUGCGCCCAAAAUUCUCGGAUUAAAAUUAAAGGUUCUGAGGGAUCUUUUACCCUUCAAGAUGACAUUUCGCCGACCUGGGUUUGUGAUGGCGCAGAAAAUGACACUGUUACGAUUCAGGUGGACUAUUCGUUGUGCUCUGCUAUCCCCAUCUCUCCUACCACAGCUUUGUAUCCAUUAGUUGGACGUGAUGUCAAGACAAACACGCCUCUUCUUGCACUGUCCAACGGCAAAGGUUCUUCUGUCAUGGUGCCAAGGGAUCUCGUUUCUCCUUAUUCCCUACCCAAGGGCGUGACAGCAGCCUCUCACUUGCUUUUAACUGCAUAUGAUCUUUUAGCUCAGUUCGUCCUCACUCAUACGGAGCAAGACGGAACUUUAAUCCUGUUUGAGCCAGAUCCAUUGCUUGCGCAUAUCAUUGAGCGCCGCUCUGGCGUUACGGGUGUCACCAUCGUUUGCCUCACUACCUUCCAGGGCUCUACCAGAGCUAAUUGGGCAUUUAUCCAUCCUCUGGCCAGUUCCCGUUCCAUCAGGAUGUCCUUGCCGCGACGUGUGUCGACUUUCCUUGAUCCGUCGCAGACUUCCGGAACGAGCAAACUGGCUUCCCGUAUCACAGCAUUGCUCCCCUGUAGUGUCAAAAUUCUUAAUAUUCCCAGUUUCCAAACAUACGGAGGAUCCGAUCAGAAUUCGUGCAGCGCUUCAAGGUUUAAUUUGUUAAGAGAGACCCUUUAUGCAGUUCAUUCGAUAUCUAAACAAUGUCCAUCCGUCACACCUGUCAUUCUUUCGCCUUCGAACAUUAACAGCGAUUCAGCUGUGUGGUCCUCAAUUUCGGACUGGGCAACAUCAGAGAUGGUACCUGUUACUGUUAACCCUGCUGAUUCAGUCUCACUGCUUCGCGGCGACAGAACUUACGUUCUUAUUGGGUUGGCGCGUGGUUUGGGUCCAUCUCUUUGCGAAUGGAUGGCUGGACAAGGGGCUAAAUACAUUGUCCUCAGCAGCAGGAGUCCUAAACCGGACCAGAAUUGGAUAUCCGCAAUGGCUGCUAUAGGAGUGGUUGUCAAAAUUUAUGCCAGUGAUGUCUCGAACCGGGAGGAUUUGACUCGAAUGAUCGCCGAAAUUCAAGAAACACUACCACAAAUUGGAGGUGUUGCUAACGGAGCGAUGAUAAUCGAUGAUACACCCGUAGUAGAGAUGUCAUUUGAGCAAAUAGAUAAAGUGCUUAAGCCUAAGGUGGAUGGAAGCCGUUUCCUUGACGAAAUAUUUUACAAUGAACCUCUAGAUUUCUUCAUUCUUUUCUCAUCCUUGUCUUGCACAUUUGGUAGGAGUGGGCAAGCCAACUACAUAGCCGCAAACAUGUAUAUGACCAGUCUUACCGCAAAUCGCCGAAACCGUGGCCUUCCUGCAUCCGUGAUUGAUGUCGGCGCUGUUGUUGGGAUCGGCUAUAUCACACGAGAGGUCACCCAAAAGGUGAUUGACCAGCUUCCAGAUGCAGGAUUCCACUUCAUGUCAGAACGUGAUAUCCAUCUCGCGUUCGCGGAGGCGAUUAUCUGUGGCUAUCCGAACUCCGGACGAUAUGAAGAACUCAUUACUGGUUUACGUGUUGUCUGGAGCAAUGGUGAGGCAAGGCCUGCAUGGUACUCAAAUCCGCGAUUCUCUCACACGGUACGGAAUGCAGUGAAUGAUCCAUCAUCCGACAAGAGCAAAACUGGUGCCGUGGUUUCUGUUCGUAAUCAGCUCCAAAUGGCAACCUCCACGGAUCAAGUUCUGCAGAUUAUUCAAGGUGCUGUCAUCGAAAAGCUAAAGGUUAUUCUGCAGCUGAGGCCUGAAUCAUUCAAAGAUACAAGCUCCCUCCUUAAGCAAGGUGCUGACGAACUUGGCAUGGAUUCUUUGGUGGCGGUUGAGGUCCGCUCGUGGUUCCUUCGGGAAUUAGAAAUCGAUAUGCCUGUGCUCAAAAUUCUGGGGGGGGCUACGCUUGCUGAGAUUUCUGACUUCGCAGUCAUGAAUUUGCCUCGUGAACUUAUCGCCAUAUCGGAAGCCGAUGAAGACUCGACGAGCAACUCAGACAGUAAUACAGGUGCUGCGACUUCCUUUACUGAGGAAUCAGCACCUCUUUCUGAGCUUUGUACAUCUCCUCCGUCUGAGGCGGGCCACAAGAUCACCUCGCUUGAGCCUCCAUCUCCCGUUGAUCGGUUAUCGACAACCGCGGAUCCCAAUCCAAAAUUUAUAUACGAGGAAUCCGCUUUAGGUGCUAUCGAUUGGUUGAGCGAAACUAGCGUCGAAGAGUCACUGGAGCUUCUCAAGGUAACAAAUUUGAAAAUCCAAGACGGCGACGAUAUCACUGUGGUUCUUACUGGGUCCACUGGAUUCCUCGGGAAAGCUAUUUUGCAGCAGUUGAUUGCAAUGGACCGAGUAAAGAAAAUUUUCUGCCUUGCAGUGCGCAAUCUGAAUAAACUUGAAGCCGUGAAUUCCGAGAAGACCGUGUCCUAUAGCGGCGAUCUCAUGGCAAGCAAUCUUGGACUUUCCCCACAAGAUGCAGCCUUUGUCUUUGGACGAAGCGAUGUUGUUAUCCACAACGGUGCCGACGUCUCAUUGCUGAAAACGUACCGCACGCUUUCCCCCAUAAACUUCAAUUCGACUAAGGAGCUGGUACGACUAGCCCUAGCACACGGUGUAACCAAGCAGUUCCAUUAUAUCUCCAGUACCAGUGUGGGACAGGUUAGUCGGAGAAAGGAUUUCUAUGAGGAGUCCCUUGCAGAAUACACUCCCCCCACCGACUGUGUGAUGGGCUAUGUCGGCACCAAAUGGGCCAGCGAAAGGUACUUGGAGAAUAUCAAUCAAUCCUCCAACCUGGCCGUUUAUAUCCACCGACCUUCAACCAUCAUCGGUGAGGAUGCACCGAAACACGAUAUCAUGCACAACCUCCUUCAUUACUCCAAGGAGCUGAAGGUCGUUCCUGAUUUCGGGGAUGUGAAGGGCUGGUUCCACUUUGUCACUCUUGAAGAAGUCGCCAAGGGAAUUACCAGCCAAUUCUUUCCCGCUGCUGGCCCCGCUGCUGAAGCCAAUGGCGAAUCUACCCAAUCGCGACCUCCUGUGGCAUAUAUACACUACAACGGCGAUGAAGAAGUCGAUAUGCGACAGUUCAAAGAGUAUAUGGAGAAGAAGAACGGGGUGCCGUAUCGAUUGCUGGGUAUGAAUGAAUGGAUACAGCAGGCUGAAGGCGUCGGCCUUCUGCCACAGAUUUCGGUCUUCAUGUCCGCAGUGGACUCGAUGCAUGGCAAUGGCCGUGAUUUGCAGCGAAUCAGGAAGGGGAGAAGAGAGGGAUAA